AUUGUUGUGCGAGUGGUGUGCGUAAUCAUCGUCUCAUUGUGCUCUGUAAGUCGCCAAGUCGUGUAUUUACACACACACACAAACGCAUUUAAUAGUAUAAAAUAAUAUAAUAUUAAAUAGAUUUGUUUUGUUUUGUUUUUUUGAUAUUAUUAUUAUUAUUAUUAUUAUUACUACUAUUAUCCAGUUAUAGUAGUUUUACACGAAUUUCCUCGACACCGGAGUUUGUUCCGAGCAAACUAAAAUUACAAAUUUUUUUUUACACAAUAUUAUUACAUUUUCUUGAUAAAUUUUUCUCCGUCGUUGUCUGCCGUCCGAAUUUCACAAGCCCAGCGGCGUCGGCUCGCUACCGCUGCUACUACCGACUGCCGCCGGUGGCCACCAUCAUGUCCAGUCUCGCCGUGGUCCGGUCAUAGCGAUCCGCUAUAUGUGUAGUCGCUCGUCCGUCGCUGCUCGACGAUGCGCGAGUUCAAGGUGGUCGUGUUGGGAUCCGGCGGCGUGGGCAAGAGCGCCCUGACCGUGCAAUUUGUGUCCGGCCGUUUCAUGGAGAAGUACGACCCGACCAUCGAGGACUUCUACAGGAAAGAGAUCGAAGUGGACAGCUCGCCGUGCGUGCUUGAGAUACUCGACACGGCCGGCACGGAACAGUUUGCCAGCAUGCGAGACCUGUACAUCAAGAACGGACAGGGUUUCGUCGUCGUCUACAGCCUGACCAACCAUCAGACGUUCCAGGACAUCAAGCCCAUGAAAGAGCUGAUAACACGGGUCAAGGGCUCCGAGCGGGUGCCCAUACUGUUGGUGGCCAACAAAAUCGACUUGGAACACCAGCGCGAGGUGCCCACCAUCGAGGGCAACACACUGGCCCAGAUCUGGGGCUGUCCGUUUGUCGAGGCCAGCGCCAAAAACCGUACCAACGUCAACGAAGUGUUUGCCGAAAUCGUACGCGAAAUGAAUUUUAGCAACGACAAGGAGAAGAAGAGCUAUUGCUGCUGUACAGUUCUAUAAGCCAUAUUUAUAUACACAUUUUAUUUUUACAAUAUCGUUUUCGUGUGCAAAUCGACGUCGAAUGCCGCCGCUGUAGAUUUCAACUUAUCGGAAAUCGUUCAAAAUUCAAAUUCAAUAGUAAAAUGGUCGGUGCCAGUAACUGUCCACACUGCGAUUUACACAUAUCCAGCUUCAAAAGGGUACGUUUUCUAAAGACUGUUGAAAUAUUGAUAAUAUAUACAUAUAAAAAAAAAAAGAAUUAGAACCGAUUUAAGAUUGAAUUUUUUUUUUUACAAAAUUGUAUUUUACCUAUUGUAUGAUUGGCACUUUAUUAUUAUAUAUACAUAAAUAUAUAUGUAUUUAUAUAUGUAUAAAACGAGCCUUUUAACGCGUUACAUAGAAUUUAUAUAAAUAGUUUUGUUUAUCAUUUAAUUAUAGUGUUACAAUAUAUUUUUUUUUUUUAAAUUUAUAUAUUCAAUAUUUUUUUUUUUUUUUUAGUGAAAUGCAGGUUUAUAAUAUAGUGUUUCGAAUUAUGUAUAUCGAACAUUUUUCUCAUACACAACCGAGACAUUUUUUUUUUUUGGCAUUAUAGAAAUAUAUAUAACAAAUGUAUCCUUAAAAAUUAACACAUAUUUUUUUAUACUUUUUAUACUGGCAAAAAAGAAAUUAUGAAAAUGUGUUUAGAAAAGUUCAAAAUAAUACAAUUGUUUAUGUAAUUAUAGUCAAUGGAACAACUUAAGAGAUAUUAAAUUUGUUAAGGCAAAAACUGUCGGUACUAAUUUUUUUAUUAUUCAGUCCCCCCUGUACAUAAUAAUAAAAAUAAUAAUAAUGACAAAUUAUUAUAAUGUAUAUUAUAUAUAGAUCUAAAAAAAAAAAAAUUUACUUAUUUUCUGUUUUUGAUUUUUUUUUUUUCAUAGUGUAUUAACAACAAUUAUUACUAUUAUUAUUAUUAUUAUUUAUUACUUUUAUUAUAUAUUAAUUAAUCGAUCAAGUGGUUUUGUGCAGAAAAAGUUUUACUUGCUGUUUUAAUUAUUUUUUCUUUUCUUUUCUUUUUUUUUUGUGAUAUUAAUCGUAUUUUAACUUCGGAACAAAAAUAUAUAUAUAUUUUUUUUAACAUUUCCGUUCGCUUCGUACAUUUUAUUAUAUUAUAACACUUUAUAAUAAACAUUUGAAGCGGAUUCGUGAAAUAUUAACAAUUUUGUUUUAUUUUAUCUGACUUGCUUCACAAUGUACAAAAACUGUGUAAAAAAAAAACAUUGUGUAAAGUCAAGUGCCAAAGAUUAAGUGAAAUCCUCAUCCCAUUUGCAGUCGAUUAAUAAUAGUAAUUUUGAUAAAAAAAACAACUUAUACAUUAUGUGUAUGGUUUUUUGUUUUAGUUCAAUACUUCCCCCGCCCUUCUCUCAUUAAUGUUUUGUUUGCCUUAUACAUGUCCUCUCUUUUUAAAAUAUAUAUAUAUAUAUAGCUAGCUAAUAACUCUUUCUCUCUUAAACGUAUUAUAAAUAUAUAAAUGGUUUUUUUGUAUGAUUUGAAAAAAAAAAUUGUAUCUGAUUUUCUUUUGCAAUUUUUUUACACUAUCGUAGCAUAACUAAUUUGUUUUUCCCGUAGUCUUUUCUAAAAAAAAAAUGUUCAGUAAUAUGUUUUACUCUUUCCACAAUGGUGCAUAAACCUAACAUAUUAUUAUUAUUUUUUUGUGUAAAUGUGAAUAGCCUAAGAUUUCUUUUAUAUAUUAUUAUUAUUAUUAUGUAUUAACAAGUCAAUGAAUGUUUUUUUUUUUUUUUUGGUAAGAAAAUCGAUUUUACCAUAAAAUUAUAUAUAUGAAUAAAGAGAUGAUGUAUGAAUCAAUAAAAGCGAUUUAAAGACUUAA